CUUUCCAGUUCAAUCCUAGUCAUAAAGCAGCAAGCAAGUUUGGUUAAUUUAGCAAAUUACUAAAAAGAUUUAUAUCACAGAACUUUAGGCCGAAUGAAUUGAGCCACUUAUUUUGCAGCAAGUCCUCCUCCCAAACAAGCUUGUUGCUACAGUGGACAAUCGCUCACUUUUAACUCUACAAUAAUCCCUCAUACUUAGCAUGCAUUUAGCAACAGUGAAGAGAACUCCUCUUCAACAAGAAAUCUCCAACAGGACCUGAUUCAGCACGAAUAUCUGCAACCACCAACUGAGGGUUUGAGAUGACAGAGGACACAUUUUUUUUCUUUCUUUUUUUAAUCUGGAACAAUCAAUUUUGCUAGUUUAUAUCAGGAAAUAAAUAAAUGUCUCAUAGAACUAUUGAGAACAUGCAUUCGGCAAUGCUUCUCAAGAAAAUACUGAAACUUGUACUCAAGAAAUGUUUGUGCUAGAAUUUCAAAAUGCAUGCGUUUGCACAGGUUGUGCCUUAUGAACCUUAUGUAACAAUGGAAGAAAAUCCCCCCAAGCAAAUAUAAAAAGCCUUUAGCUUGGUGUGAAAAUGUUUACAAGCUGUGAUACUUGUCAAAUAUUUCAGGAUUUACUAGUGUUGACAAAGCAUGAUGCUCGGAUUUUAGCGUAUUAUAAAAGAAUUUUAACAUAUUUUUAAUCUUGUAUUCUCUCUCUGCAUAGUUUCAGGUUAGCGCUCUUUAAGGCAAUUUAAAUAAAACUUAAAAUCUGCAUGUUGCACGUUGGCGCCUUAAUGAUCCAACUCAUUUGCUUGAGCGUUGACACGUGUUGAAGAUGCGCUGCUGCAUCAACAGACAUGUCUGGACAGGAGGGAAGAAGCAGACCUGGUCCAUUCAAACGAGGGAACCCUCUUCCUCUGCUUCCCCCACGCUCCUGUGAGGAAAGUAGAUACUCCUCCUCCUCCUCCUCCGUCCUCCACCGAGAAGGGAGCUUUCUCUCCCCUAAAACCCCGAUCGGGCUGCCAGUCUUCCUCGGAGCGUGUCCCUCUCCACAACCGGAAUCUGAGCCUGUUCAUGUCAUGACCCGGAGCAGUGCAGGAUCGAAGAGGUCGACUCCUCCAACCAGCCUGGCUCUCCGAUGCAGAUGACUCUUCUCCUGGGUUUCCACUUUGGUUCUUAUGAAAUAUGCUAUGUUCGCUGGAGUGCUCGCUUCUCUUUCGGCUGCACUUUGUUUUCAUGUUGGCAGCGGGCCACGAUGAGCUAUCUGCCAGACUCCUCUCCCUCUCCAACGAGAAAGGUCAUUUGUCCCAGUCUGGCUCGGAUCCAUCCAUCGUCCAUCCCGUGAGAAUCAGCGCUGACGGUGAGUUUAUCUCCCACUCCGUGUCUCACCAUUUCAAGACCGGGAGAUCCAGGCGUGCACUGCGGUCCCUUUCUCCAGAGGGACAGGUCUACUACAAGCUCAACUACAAUGGUCGAGCCUUAAUGUUCAAUUUGACCAAAAACCACCACCUGCUGUCAACCGAAUACGUCCUGGAGAGGAGGAAUGGCAGUGCCAGCAGGGCAGAGCCUGUCCUGUCUGAGGGGAACUCCUGCCACCUUCUUGGCACGGUGGAAGCCCCUGAUGUUAAAGGAACGGCUGCCAUCAGCACCUGCAAAGGACUGAGAGGAUUCUUUUCCCUGCCGGAGGGGCAUUUCUUCAUCGAACCUGCCCAGAAAUUGCCCAGUGAUCCUGCAGGGACUCCAGAACCACACGUUGUCUAUCCAAGAUCUACUGAGGAAAAGCACAGACAAAAACGCAGCCUGGAGUCCAAACACACUCCCAGCCCCUGUGGAGUUCAAGGUGUGUCCUUUCACUCAAUGUGUGAAUAUACAACUGCAGAUGCUCCAAGUGACUCUCACCAGGUGGAAAAAGAGAGGGAGGAAUGGGAGAGGGAGCAGCAGAGGGGGGAGGCUCAGUCUCAGCCCCGCUCGCAGCGCUCAGUCAGCCGAGAGCGAUGGGUGGAGACCAUGGUGGUGGCUGACUCCAAACUCAUCGAAUACCAUGGCAGCGACAAUGUUGAGUCCUAUAUUUUCACCAUCAUGAACAUGGUUGCUGGAAUAUUUCAUGAUGCCAGUAUUGGAAAUGCCAUCCAUGUCAUCUUGGUGCGCCUCAUUCUGCUUCAAGGAGAAGAGAAAGGAUUGAAGAUUGCUCACCAUGCAGACACUACUCUGUCCAGUUUCUGUGCGUGGCAGAAAAACCUGAAUCCACAGAGUGACACUCACCCAGCUCACCACGAUCUGGCUGUUCUGAUCACAAGGAAAGAUAUUUGUGCAGGAAUGAACCAGCCAUGUGAGACUCUGGGUCUCUCUCAUCUAUCUGGGAUGUGUCAACCCCACCGCAGCUGCAACAUCAACGAGGAUUCAGGACUGCCUGUCGCCUUCACUGUUGCUCAUGAAAUGGGCCACAGUUUUGGGAUUCAUCAUGACGGCCAAGGGAAUGACUGUGAGGUGGGAACAAAACACCCGUUCAUAAUGUCAAGACAACUGAUGUAUGACAGUUCGCCUCUUACUUGGUCGUCCUGCUCCAAAGAGUACAUCACACGCUUCCUCGAUCGUGGCUGGGGUUUCUGUGUGGAUGACCGUCCUUCCAAGAGAGACCUGACUACACCUCUGGCCCGUCUUGGCGUCCGCUACACCACCCAUCAUCAGUGCCAGCUCCAGUACGGUCCAAAUGCUACUUUCUGUCCAGAGGUGGAUAAUGUUUGCCAGAUUCUUUGGUGUUCAGUGAAUGGUAGCUGUAGAUCCAAAUUGGACUCGCCUAUAGAUGGUACUCGCUGUGGACCAGACAAGUGGUGCAUUUCUGGAGAGUGUGUAAUUGUGGGUAAACUGCCAGAGACUGUGAAUGGAGGCUGGGGGCCUUGGGGUAAAUGGUCCUACUGCUCCAGGACUUGUGGAACUGGAGUUCAGUCUGCAGAGAGGGAAUGUAACAAUCCCAAACCUGAAUUUGGAGGAAAGUAUUGCACUGGAGAAAGGAAACGUUACCGGACCUGCAACACCAAACCUUGUCAGAAUGAGAAGCCGUCCUUCAGAGGGAUGCUGUGCAGUGAGUUUGACACAGUGCCGUAUCACAACCAGCUCUACCAGUGGAUCCCAGUUGUUAACCCAUUAAAUCCCUGUGAACUUCACUGCCGACCAGUUAGUGACUAUUUUUCGGAGAAGAUGCUUGAUGCGGUGACCGACGGGACCCCGUGCUUCAUGAACAACAAGUCCAGAAACAUCUGUGUUAACGGAGUGUGCAAGGAGGUUGGCUGUGACUUUGGUAUUGACUCAAACGCAGUGGAGGAUCGCUGUGGGGUCUGUCUGGGCGACGGCACAAGCUGUGAGACGGUUUAUAAGACAUAUGAUGAACAAGAAGGUUUUGGGUACGUGGACAUGGGGGUGAUACCAGAGGGCGCCCGGGACAUUCUGGUGAGGGAAGCCGAGGAGGCAGGAAACUUCCUGGCCCUCAGAAGUGUGGGGUCAGGCGAGUACUUCCUCAACGGGAACUUCAUCAUCCAGUGGAACGGCGAGUACGAGGCAGGUGGGACGACGUUCUACUAUGAGCGCAGUGGAGACAUGGAGAACCUCACUGCACCUGGACCUACUAAGCAGCCAGUCUUGCUCCAGUUGUUGUUUCAGGAGAAGAAUCCAGGUAUAAAGAUAGAAUACACCGUCAAGAAGACAAAAUUUAUAGAAAAUGAGGUCCCUGAUCCCACUUACAGCUGGAGACACGGAGCCUGGACCGACUGCAGCACCACCUGUGGCCUAGGAGAGCAGCACCAGCCAGUGCUGUGCUUUGAAACAGAUGUGGGCGUCGUGGACGAGUCUCUGUGUGGCCCAGAUAGCCGUCCAGAGGACCGACACCGCAAAUGUAAAAAUAUGGAAUGUCCUGCAAGGUGGUGGGUUGGUGGUUGGCAGCAUUGUACAGAAACAUGUGGAUCAACAGGAUUGAGGAAGAGAACCGUUCUUUGUGUCCGCACUGUUUCAGGGGAGGAGAGAGUACUCCACCCUGUGGAAUGCAAGCAUCUGCUUAAACCAAAACCUGUGGUGCCGUGCAACAGAGAUGUGCCAUGUGGGCAGGAAUGGGCUGUUGGCAACUGGGAGGAAUGCCCCGUCACAUGUGGAGGAGGAGUUCGCUCACGCACCGUGUCUUGCACAUUGGUGCCAAAGAAGAGCUGUGACCUCUCGACCAAACCUAGGUCCAAAUCACUGUGUGCUUUGCAGAGCUGCCCAAACUCAAGUCUUCACAGACGACCUGGGCUUCCCCCUGUGUAUCGCCGCAUUUACCCAAAUAAAACUCCCUCUACUAAACAUCCUGGCUCAACAUCAUUCUCACCUAUAAGCUCCACAGCUGUGCCUACAACAACCACCAAAGAAACUACAACUGCCACCACAAAAUCCACUUUAAGCCCUCAAGUUGCAUUUACUGAAAUUAUAGUCUCAGAGGAUCAUGACUUUAGUGUUCUGAUGAGGAAAAUGAAAAAUGCAAAGAGGAAAGUUUAUCCUAAUAAAUCAAGUUCCGCUAAUAAAGAAAAGAAAACAAGUGUUGGAGAGGAGGAAAAUGUAGACACAGAGGAGGGAAGUACUGAGGAUGGGGUCCUGUACUCCCCAGGAUAUGAUUACAUCGUUGAGGACAAGACGAAACAAGAAGAGAAAAUUAUUGACCUGGACUUUUUCACCACUGUAACCUCUCUAACGACUCGUCUUCAGACAACCACACCAAAACCACAAGCACGUCCUCUUACCAAGCAUAUAACUAGAAUGCCACCCACAACUGCUUUGCCAUUCUCUCUUACCAGUACUGACACAUGUUCAAGGACAACCCACCACUUACCCAACAUCAACACCACCUCAAAUGUUAAAUCAUACCGCCCAUGGACACAACGUGCUCCUCUAACCACUCCCAUGUAUAAGUUUGGCCCGGGUCUUUCAAAAACUAUCUUCAAAACAAUGCAAGUUCCUGUAACAACUGUAAGAAAACCAUCCACCACUGCAGCUCCACCUCAUGUGGCAUUAAUGAACCUGAAGAGCUUCCCUGCAACAACCAAGAAAACCACUCAAACUGUUCAUGCUAAAAAAACACCCAGGUCCAAAGGAAGCCACAUCAAGAGCCAAAACCAGCAACCAAGGAGUCAGCAGAGCAGUUCCACGAGUGACCAAAGAAACCUGAUGGCCAGAGAACCACUUAGCAUGGAUGUAUUUUGGGUUGUUGGAAACUGGAGUGAGUGCUCAACAACAUGUGGGAUUGGAGCUUUAUGGAGAACCGUGGUGUGCAGUUCAGAGAAUGAUGAGGACUGUGCCAACAUGAAGAGACCUGAGCCUGCACGAACAUGUCAUCUGCAACCAUGCGCUACCUGGCAAACUGGCAGCUGGAGCAAGUGUCCGGAAAGCUGUGGGUCUGUGAGAAGGAGGCACCGUGACAUUCAGUGUGUUGAUUCUCAGAGUAAACGUCCACUCAGACCUUUCCACUGUCAGAUUGUGUCCAGCAGACCCCUAAGCGCCCUGGGUUGCCCCCAAAAGCCCUGUAUGAACUGGACUGUGUCACCCUGGGGACUGUGCUCUGGCAGCUGUGGUGAAGGCAUUAGGGAGCGACUGGUGUACUGCCCCGAACCUCAUCGCUGCAGCCCCACGUCCAGGCCAAACGACACUGAACUGUGCAGUCUAAAGCCUUGCAUGCACUGGAAAACCGAAGACUGGGGGGAGUGCUCUGUGAGCUGUGGAGAGGGUCAACAGCAGCGCGCAGUCAACUGCUUGAGCGAUCAGGAUUUGGCCGUUUUGCCAAACCGCUUUUGUGAGAAGAUUUCUAAACCAGAAACACUCAGGAAAUGCAACAUGCAGGAAUGCAAGAAAAACUCAGUUUGCAGAAAAAACACCAUGUCCUCCCGCUUCUGUGACAAGCUGAAGCUGUUGGGUCGCUGUAUGCUUCGGUCGGUUCAAAGACAGUGUUGCUUCACCUGCAGGGCGCUACCAAGACUGGACUCAUAAUGACUGCAACACAACCUACCCUCUGUUCAUGAAAUACUGGUACGAAACAACCGCCAUCCACAGACUGAGAAACCACGGUGCUAAUGGCAACUUCAGCAAGCCAAACUGACUGUCUCAGUGGUCACUGCAUUUCUUUUGUUGUUUUUUUCUACCAUGUUCAGUUCUUCUUAAUUUACUGUAGUAAAACUUUUGGAUAAAAACCAGAUAAUACAAAAAGCCAAAGUGCUUGCAAAACUUCAGAAAUAUAUUUGAGCAUGAGACCAGGGGGAAAUGAGAUUAUGCAUAGGCAUGGGCUGGUAUAACAAUCUCACAAAAUAAAUUACACAAGUUUAUAUUUACACAAAAAUCAAAAGGUAGAACAUAAUUUAGGUUUGUUAAUUUCUUCUUCUAACAAUAGAAAAUAAGCUGAUUUUGGUUGGUUAAUUAGUCAGGGCAUCUGAUCAUGUAGCCAGCCUGCAGUCAGAUUCUUAACAAAGAUGCUGCUCAUAGCUAGCCAAUGGUAGCUUCAAAACAGCAUUACUUACUAAAAGUAAAACUGUUCCUUCCUGAAAGGUGUGUAGAAAAUGCCCACAGUGACAAUAAAAACAUACAGCCACCUGGGCCAAUCCCAAGGUGUCUCCAGGCCUGCUAGGAAACAUGGUACUUCUAGUGUGUCCUGGGUCUUCCUCUGGGUCUCAUCCCACUGAGCUGUGCCCAGAAUACCUCACCAGGGAGUCAUCCAGGUGCAAGAAGUCACCUCAACUGGAUCCAUUUGAUGUGGUGGAGCAGCAGCUCUACUCUGAAUUCCUCUUAGCUGACCAUACCCAGACCUUGUUUUGGCUGUUUGUAUCUGGGUUCUCAUUCUUUCACUACCCAGAGCUUGUGAUCACAGAUCAGGGUAGGAAUAUCCAUCUACUGGUAAAUUGAGGCUCAGCUCUCUUUUCACCAGGACAGACCAGUAAAGGACUUGCAUCACUGCAGACGCGUCACUAAUCCUGCUGUGAAAAGUUUUUCACAACAGCAUAAAUUUCCCAGCUGUCAAAUGUAUCCUUUCUUGUUUGUACAGAAAAGUGUACCAGCUUUCUUUCGGUUAGCUGAGUAUUUGUGUGUAGAAACAAUUGGGCUUCUUUAUGCUCCAUGCAGCCAGAAAAAAUGUUGGCAACUCUUGCGCUUCCUCUGGCCAAUAAAAUGGUUCUAAGUGGCAGGAACAACAUUUGAAGUAUUAUAAACAGUAACUUUUUAUAACCUUGGAAGGCCUCAAUACAGACAGCCGGCCCAUGCCUCGUUAUGUGUUAACAUGCAUUUCUGGGUCAAAGGUGCUUUUACAGCUUAAUAAAGGUGCUUUUAAAAUUAGGCUGCUGAUGAUUCACAACUAAUACCUAAUGUUUUUUAAUGAACUGGUAAAAACAGAAUGUACAUUAAGAUUUUCUGUCAUUCCAACAUUGUUUGGAUGGAUGUCAGCAUUUUUUAACACUUGGAUUAGUUUUUGUUAUGUUUUGUUUUUCUCAGAGCCAGCACUGACUGUGUGUUUAUAUAAAACUUUUUAUAGGCCUUUUUUUUUCUAAUUGUCAAAGAUUAAUAAAUCAGCUGCAGAAUGCAACAAUCUCCUCUCAGACUUGUUGUACCCUUUUAAAACUAAGACAGAGGUGUUGCAGGUCAUCCCUCUCAGGUCCCUCUUAAGAUGGCACUUGUGAUUAUGUGAAAUUACCAAGUUGUACAUCUUCAGUUCCUUUCCUUCGCUGCUCUUUGUUUCUUUCACUUCAAGUUGUGAGUGAAAGAGGCUUGGACAAACAUGAGGCAAGAUGAGAAAACGUCAUUGUUCACACUGUGUCCCAUCUCCACUCAUACACUUCUUUGCCAAAAUUGUUCUCUUGUCUGUCUUCACACUUAUAAACUUGAGUCACAUCCCACUCCAAAUCCAAAAGGUUUAAAAUGAUGUCAGCUGCAACUUUAAUUCUGAAAAGGCUUUCCACAGGGGCUAGGAGUGUUCACAGAGCACAUUCUUUUGGUCAGGCACUUUCGUAACUAGUCAGUACCACAGUGGUCUGCACUGUGGUACUGACUUGAUCUGUUGGGUUAAGAUCAGUUCCAUGUGCAUGUUCCUCAUUUAGCUCACUUAUCUAUGUCUUUACAGAGUUUGCUUUGUCAUGUUGGUACAAAAAGAACCCAUUUCUAGAAAGUACGGAGCAUUGCCCAAAAAUUCCUUUGUAUGUUGAAGCAUUAAGAGUUCCUUGCCUUUGGAGCUAAGAGCUCAAACCUCAAUUCUGAAAAAAAAAAAUCCUCUUAGUCACACUUUGCAAAAUACACUCAAGCAAAUACCGUUCUCUUGGCUAGACUCACCAGUUGGCUUGCUCAACAAAGAGGCAUGGUUUGUCACUUCAAAGAAUGAUUUUUUUUUUUAUACUGCUUUACACCUCUGCACCUGGCACUGUACUUUGCAUUUGGUGAUGUAACGCUUGGCUGCAGCUGUUCGCCCAUGAAAACUCAUUCCAUGAAGCCAAUCUGAAGGCUUCAUUAAGUCUGGAGGACUGCAGCUGCUGACUGCUCCAAGUUGGUAACCUCUGCAAACUCUGCAAAUCAUCAUCCACUGAUCCCACUCUGAUUGUUUUUGUGUGACCUACCACUUUGUAGCUGAGUUGUUGUCAUUCCCAAUUUGUGAAAAUACCAUUAACAGUUGACUAUAGUGAAUUUAUGGGAGGAAACACAGGUGUAAUCCUCUUGAGAUUCUGUGGAGGAAUUCACUGAACUCCUUAGAGCGACCCAUUUCACAAAUGUUUGUAGUCUACAUGCCAAGGUGCUGGAUUUUAUUCACCUGGAACAUUAAACUUAAUGAUUUGGAUGGGCAAGCAAUUACUUUUGGCAAUAGAGUGUAUUCGUUUUGCAUGUCUUCAUUGAUAACUGUGAUGAAAAGGUUUGACAUAACACUUUUUGUAAAUGAAAU